CAAACUUAAAUUAUCGCAUACAUAAUUCUUGCUUUGGCACUAUAUGUUCGUUAGAGUGACUAAUGUUUGGUUUGGCAUAUUUGCAUGAUCUGAUCUAUAGCUGCGUCCGGCACGGGGUUUAUGGCGAGAGACAUGAGAUUUGAGAACACCGCCGGCGCGGACAAGGGCCAGGCGGUGGCACUGAUGGUGGACGCCGACAAAGCCAUCUUCUUCCGAUGCAAAAUCUCCGCCUACCAAGACACCCUCCUUGCCCAGGCCUACCGCCAGCUAUUCUACCGCUGCCACAUCUACGGCACCGUCGACUUCAUUUUUGGCUACUCCCUCGCCGUCUUCCACACCAGCCGCAUCCUCCUCCGGAAACCCGUGACAGGCCAGGAGAACGUCGUCACUGCCCAGGGCAAGUACGAGGCCCGCGUCAUGUCCGGGUUCUCCUUCAUAGGUUUGCUCUGACAUCAGCAAAAAUCACACAUUCGACGAAAUACGAGUUAUUAUAGAGUAUAAAAAUGGACCGGGACAACAGAACUUUGUGCCACGACCCUCACUCACAUGGUGUUGUGUUUGGGUCGUGGCACAGAGUUCUGCGUCAUUGUGAUUGUUUAAGUGGAGAUGACCCAUAACCCAUUGAUUCAACGUUUUGGGUGGAUAUGCGGUGACCCAAUUUACUUGGGGCUCGUUUGGUGAACGCAGGAGAUAUGAGUUCUGAUAUCGGGGAUAUGAAAACCCUUUUGUGGGUGUUAGUUGAAACAUAAACAAUGUUCGGAUUU